CGUGUGCUCGCCGGUAGGUUGAGGGUUCAGUGGCUCUGAAUGCGCUAAACGUGAGCAUUAUUGUUUUGUUUGAAAUAGCAGUGCGCGUCAUAAAGCGCGGAGCCGCGUUUGGAGCGAGCUGGAAUGAAAGAGACGCUGCGUAACCGCGGCCGCACGCGCGAAGUGACCGGGGACUGGCGCGCUCUGGCACCGGAGAGGAGCACCGAAAGAAGAGACAGAGACCGAGAAGCUUCCCUUGAAGUGGCUCGCAUAAUGUAAAGGUUUAGUUGUCAACUUCUCCGGUCCGAAGUGUGGGAAGUGUCCGUUUUCCGCGUCUCUCUGCUUCCCUCCAGCCGUGCCAAUGCUGGAAUGGCUCGUGGCUUUGUGCGUUGCGAUCCUGGUGGUCUUAGUCUGGCCAGGCUCCAAAUAUUUUGGUCCCGACCGCCAGCCGGAUGCUUUGCUUCAAGGACUGGGGUUUUCUCGGCCGGGAGGGGAUGAUCGGAGCAGGAGGUGCGUCUCGACCCGGGAGGAGAGCGCGCCCGCCGUGGCGCUCAUAUGCAAACCCUCCGCCCUCGCGAACUACCUCCAGAAACACUGCAGGACCUUCGGCGAUUACUCUCCGUGCGUCGGCUGGACGUGGAGGGCCAGCGCUCUCCUCCAGAGCGUGUACGAGACGUGCUGGCCGCACGAGAGCCCGGUGCAGUUUGUGCGGGACAACCUGCAGCUGAGCGACGAGGGGCUGGUGGCGCUGGACUGGGCUGUGCCGUCCUACCAGAGGCGCCGCAGGACGUCCAGCCACUCCACCAGCCCCGUGCUCCUCAUCAUCCCCAACUCUUUUGGGAAGAUCACCAGAAACGUGGUGAAGCUGUGUGAGAUGGCUCUGUCGCACGGUUACCUGCCGGCUGUUUUCAACCGCCGCAGCCACAACGGCACGCCGCUGACCACCCUGAAGCUGCAGCAGUUCGGCGACCCCUCCGACCUGCGCGAGGCCGUGCGCUACAUCCGCUACCGCCAGCCCGCCGGACGGCUGUACGCAGUGAGCGAGAGCUCCGGCUCGGGCCUCCUCCUGUCCUACCUCGGGGAAUGCGGGUCGUCGAGUUACGUGACGGCGGCCGGCUGCCUGUCGCCGGUUUUCCGCUGUCAGAGCUGGUUCGAGGGCGGGCUGUGCUGGCCCCUGCAGUGGGCGCUGGUGCUGUACCAGAAGAUCUGCCUCAGCAGGUACAAGACGGUGCUGAGUGAGACCAUGCAGACAGACGGGCUGUUUUCCAGCUGCUCCUUGCGUGGCCUUGAGGAGGCGAUCUUCUGUCAGAGUGAACGUUUCAACUCGACAUCAGCAUCAACAGGGAUGAGCAGCAGCAGCGGCGGCGGCGGCAGCGUUUCUCCAGGCGCCUGGGAUGCUUACUGGGAGCGCAAUGAACCUUUGCGAGACGUGGACGAAGUCGCUAUUCCUGUUCUGAACAUCUGCGCCCGGGACGACCCGGUACGCGGAGACACCCAGGCCACCGUCCCCCUGGAGCUCUUCGAGACAAACCCACAUUUUUUCCUGCUUCUCACUGAGCGCGGAGGCCACUGCGGUUUCUCCACCCGGUCCGAGGGCGGCGGAGCCGGGCCUGCGGCCGCACCGGGCAGCGGGACGGAGAGACAGGGGAGUAACUGGAGCCACAGGGCCCUUCUGGAAUUCUUCAGGGCGACCACAGACUUCUUCAACGCAGAGGAGAGAGCGAAGCAGCUCGCCGCCAGGAGGAGGGGGCUGGGCGGAGGAGCGGUCGGGAGGGCUUUUCGCAACCGCAGCGUUAGUACAUGCAAAAGAGUGCCAGCUUGUUCCCAUAAUAUCCAUGCCAUUUACAACUGGCAGAGGUCCUACACACGAUGAGGAGGAUUAAUGGACAUGAAAGGUGCCCUGUGGAGUUUUACAGCAGUCAAACAGAUCGUUAAACCUUCUUUCCAGUUUUUUUUUUUUUUUUCAACCCUGGAUUAUACAUUGUUUACAUCCACGUUUAUAAAAAUAGGCUUCUUUCUCAGCAGCCCUGCGUCUGUGUGGCUUGAUCUAGGAUGCCAUUGGUAUGGCUGUGUGUCAACGCCAAGAGAAAACAAUCCCGGGGCUGAACUUGCAGCACGAUAAAAAGUCAAAAACUCCACAGGGCACCAUCAACGGUCUGCAUUGAUGCUCUCCGAUGGAUUUUGGAUUUGCACUUUGCCUGUGUGACGUUCAUCCACAAAGUGUUAUGACAACCUAAACUCGAAAGAAAAAAGAAAAGAAACUGCUGGGGCUGUGAAUUAUCACAGUAGUGAGUGGAAGUGCUGCCCUUGUGUUCCCCCUGUUUUUUAAGCUAAAAACCACUGAGAUAAAAAUAGACUGGCCCUGUAACUGCAUUGUUGUGGUAGUUAUAUUUAACUGCUGAAGUGUUGAUGCUGAACUCAGUAUGAAAAGUCUAUUUAUUUUUCUACAAACAGACUGAAGUGUCUUCAGUGCCAGCGGGUCAACAGUCUUAUCACACAUACAGUACGAUCACUGAUUCAGCUCAUCUGCCUCACUGUUUAAACAAUAACGUGUCAAUCUGAACUGCCACAGUCCAGUAACAACAUUAUAACCAGUAUUGUGUAGUUCCCCCUUUAUUAGCGCCAUUCUGCAAGAGCCGAUGCUUCUCUAUCAGAACCAGGAUACAUUUCCGGGUCAGUUUGAGCUUCAGCGGUUCAUCUUCACUUCCCACAUGCGUGAUAGUUUUGACCGCCUGAGACCCUUUGACUGUUUCACAGCUUGAUAAAUGCUGUUAAAAUGGCCAAUAUUGGUGGUCAGUGUGACCGCAGGUGGCUGGAAUAGUGAUUACGAGCAUAGUGAAAGGAAACCAGUGGCAGAGUGUAAAGAGUGACGGGAGCAGCAGAGCGUGGCGGACCAAGAAGACCACAGUGUCGCUUCCUGUGUCAAAUCUCAAUUUGACACUUUGUCUUAUGUCAAGUACUGUAUUUAAUGUAGAUUCUGUACAAAACUUGACACAGCAUGAAUGUAACAUUGAUCAGCCGUAAUAUUAUAACCACCUGACCUAUUAUUGGCAAAAGCGGCAUUCUCCUCUGCUCCCGUUUCAGCCACAGUAACUCCCCACACAGGCCAGUCUUCACCUCCCACCCACACGAAUGUCAUUUAGCCACCAGUGUCUUUUAGCACUGUCCACUGCUUUUCCUUUCUUGGAGCCGUUUUGAUUAGCAGUGGCCACUGCAGAUGGGAGCAUCCCACACCACUUGCAGUUUCCCAUCACCAUGUGGAACUUAUCCCAUCAAGUACAUUUCCCACUUCUAAAUCAUCAACUUUGUGGACACAGUGUGCGUUAUUUGCUUCAGCUGUUAGUGGUUUAAGUGUUAUGACUGGUCGGAGUAUUUAUUGGGGAGGAGGCAUCAUGUUUAUAGACAUAAGAAACCAUUUGAAAUGACUUAGUUAUAAUAUUUAAGGAAGGAAUUCUCUGUUUUCAUCUAUUAUCAUUGUGCAAGUUAAACAGAGUUUACUGUGAAUGUUAUUAAAUGUUCUCAUGUGUGAUGGAAAAUAUCUGUCCAGCCCCCAGAAAAGAGGAACUUGUUUGUGAUUGUUAGCCAGUCUGCUUUUACAGGAAAAUGUGUGUCAUGUGCUUUUGGUAUUUUAAUGAAGUGUAAGGCUGGAAACAUUUAGUCUGAUCUCCCCUUUCAUUACAUAAACUUGGCACUCCACGUAUUAUUUCCCUCGCUGAUCACAGUCUGCAGGUGGUGAGGGAGUUGGUGUCAUCUGGUUUCACACUGUGAUGAAGAAUUCAAGACUUUUCAUUUCCAUAAACCAUUCCUCCACGGUUUGAUCGGGACUAAUAAACAUUUUAUGUCAGUUCCCAGAGGUGGAGCGACUUCAACUGGCAGCUUAAUGAUUUACCGAGCAGGGAAAGGCUGUGGUCUAUUGUAUCCAGCUGCGUACGUCAGCACACCAAACCACCAAACACUGUCUGUAAAAUGAAUCUUCUGGAAUUUAAGAAAACAUGCUACACACGUUAAAUGCCAUCUAUUGAGUCAUUUUACCCAUUUAUGAUUAUUUGAUACUGUAAAAUUUUUUUUUUUUUUGGCCUUAAAAUUGUAAUAAAAUGUACAAGUGA